GACUGCAUAGGCUGCAGUGUUAGGGGAGAGAGUGUGUGUGUGUGUGUGUUUUUGUGUGUGAGUGCAUGUGGGUUUGCAUGUGUCUGGGCGGACUCCUGCUGUAAUGCUGCCCCAUGUGUGACUGUGCUGACCGCGACAGCCAUCCUGUUCACAGUGGAGACUUUCUCAGCAUGCAGAUGGUGUGAGCAAUCAGGGGAAAAGUUUAUAACAGCUCGUCUGAGCCUCUGCUAACUCAAUCCAGUCUGCACACACUGAGUUUGUUCAGCGGAGCAGCAGCAGAAGGAGCUGGAGUACAACUUCAGCCCGUCUCAGCCCGGGAUCUCUGUUGAUGCUGAUUGAUUGCCUGUCACUGGAUAGGACACAAUAGGUGUGUGCAUCAUCACACGUCAGAGCUGAAGGAUUCAACAAGGCUGUUUAUUUGAAAGAUUAGAGUUGCUGAAAUGGACGACCAGUGUGUGUCCCACAGCAGUCCCAAGCGCAGUGGAGGUCAGGCCAGCACAGAGAUCCAGAGGCCGAGUGUCAUCAGGUGUGGGUGGCUCAGGAAGCAAGGAGGUUUUGUGAAGAGUUGGCACAGUCGCUGGUUUGUUCUCCGAGGGGACCAGCUCCACUAUUACAAAGACGAGGAGGAGACCAAGGCACUGGCGGAGACAGAGAGCGGAUGACAGCCAACCAUGAGACCUACCUUCUUAUGGCCAGCACCCAGAAUGACAUGGAGGAUUGGGUGAAGACGAUCCGCAGGGUCAUCUGGGCACCUUUUGGUGGCGGGAUCUUCGGCCAGAAGUUGGAGGAAACUGUGCGCUAUGAACGCCGAUUUGGGAACAAGCUGGCCCCUAUGCUGGUAGAGCAGUGUGUGGAUUUCAUACGGCAGUGGGGCCUUCGGGAGGAGGGCCUAUUCAGGCUGCCCGGACAGGCCAACCUGGUCAAAGAGCUGCAGGAUGCUUUUGACUGUGGAGAAAAACCUUCUUUUGAUUGUAACACAGAUGUGCAUACAGUAGCCUCUCUACUGAAGCUGUAUCUCAGAGAGCUGCCGGAGCCCGUCGUCCCUUUCCACAAGUACGAUGACUUUCUGGCCUCUGCCAAGCUCCUCAGCAAAGAUGAUGAAAUGGGAAUGAAGGAAUUGAGAAACCUUGUGGAAAAUCUACCUCCUGUGAAUUACAACCUUCUCAAGUACAUCUGCAGAUUUCUAGAUGAAGUCCAGUCAUAUUCAGGGGUGAAUAAAAUGAGCGUCCAAAACUUGGCCACAGUCUUUGGGCCAAAUAUCUUGAGGCCGAAGGUUGAGGAUCCAGUUGCCAUUAUGGAAGGUACUGUUCUGGUCCAGCAGCUCAUGGCCGUUUUGAUUGGUCGCCACGACGUGCUAUUCCCUCUUGAUGAGGAGAGCCCCACGGCCCUCGAGCUGGUCAACAACAACAACAUCGAGCUACAACGUGGACAAGCCACCACAACUACCUCCGCCGUCACCACGGUGUCUCAGAACACUGAGAACAACAACACACAGGUGGUGCGGCAGUGUGUUUGGGAAGCACCAGAGUCUCCUUCGCACCGCCAACAUGUAGACAACGGCGUCUCCCCGCGGUCGACGAGCCCUCGUAAUGGUGUCAUAGGACGCUUUGACAUCACCCGUAGUCCACCACUGACUGUUAAAAAGAACCCGGCUUUCAGUAAAGGCAGUGGGAUUGUUACAAACGGCUCCUUCAGCUCCUCUACGUCUGCAGACCCCAGUCAAGAAAAGAGCCAGACUUUGACUGGAGGUGGGAGUUUACCGGUGCGGCGCAGUGGGACCCUCAAAGGCUCCGGAACAAAAAUGGGCACCAGUGGCGUGACGGGUGGAAGCGGCUCCGGAGGGAACGGGACUGGAGUUGUGCGCAUGGGCAUUUCAGGCACUGACUUGGUCACAGGGAGUCUGAACGGCCGCAACGGUCUAUGGGUACCAAAUGGCUGCGUCACGUUACGCGAAAACAACAAAGCGCGCGACUGCUCCCACGGGGAUCAAACGUCCAAUCAGAACCGUCUGUCCACGUAUGAUAAUGUCCAGUUAAACCAUCACAACAUGCAGCAGCAGAACCACAUCACCAACACGUGUCUGAACAGCAGCUGCGAGGACAAGCAGAGCGUCGACAGCGCCACCUGGUCCACCUCCUCCUGUGAAAUCUCUCUCCCUGACAACUCCACUUCCUGUCGCUCCUCCACCACCACCUGCCCUGAGCAGGACUUCUACGGAGGUCACUAUGAAGAGCUGGAUGGAGCGACACGGGACAAUGAGCCUCCCCAGUCUGGUGGAAAAGGCGAGGGGGAGGGCAGAAACAGCAACAGAGAAGGAAGUGGAGAUGGAGCAGGGAGGAGCAGUCGGGGCACCAGCAGUAGUGAUAACAGUGAUGGUUACACUGUCGGUAAUGGACCCGGCACUCACAGCGCUCUGCACAGUUUAGUGGCCAGUCUGAAACAGGAGAUGCACAAGCAGAAGACCGAGUACGACGCCAGGAUAAAAAGCCUGGAGCAGCGUAACCUGGAGCUGGAGACGGAGAUGGUGAGCCUCCACGAAGAGCUGGACCAGGAGAGGAAGAAGUACACCAUGGCGGAGAUCAAGCUGCGCAACGCCGAGCGCGCCAAGGACGACGCCGAGCGGCGCAAUCAGAUGCUGCAGAAAGAGAUGGAACAGUUUUUCUCCACGUUUAGUGACCUCACUGCGACUGGCAGCACCCCAGCCGCCGACCCCCGCCGACCAGAUCGUAACAACACCAUCUGGAUACAGUGAAGCGGAGACUCGCAAUGGUUUAUUACAUGACGGGAACAUUACGGGGGCUCCAAACAGGAUUUUGGCUGCUGGUUGUUGAGGGAAAUUUGGGAAGUUACAAUGCAAAGGCUAAUGGCAUGUUAAUUUAAGAAGUAGGAGGUGUAGGGCUAAUGCAAGCCACCUGUAUAAAUAUAGACAUCACCUGGAGUGAUGCCAGACUGACAUUAUCUGUAAAUACAGCGUUAUUUAAACGGCUCUCAGACUGGUGGUCGUCACUCAUCUGACUGGAAAGAGGAGUAAAGGCACACCAUAGUCUAUGAAGAUACACGGUACUAUUAUUAUUUUUACUCUAGCUCCUAGAGGCGUAUAGCAGGGAAGGCAAUGUGUUUGAAAAGGUUAUGUUCGGCAAAGAAAUAAAUAAAACCUCGGACCUGCAAACACGUGAAGACCACGCAAAAAAACGCCUUCCUAUCUUUAAUUCACAAAUCUAACCAAAAACAUCUUAUUGUUCCAUGUAAUUCUAUAUAUCUGCUCAUGUACAUAGACGGAAGCAAUGCAGAUAAAUGCAGAUAGUGUCGUGUGUAUGUAAAAAGAAAUGAAAGUAAUACAUGUUAUCUGAUAUUUAAGCAAAGUUAUCAAUGUGCGAUAUUUUAUAUUAAGAUUUCUCCUUGCACUUACAUGUUUGUUUUAGUCUCAGCAAGGUGGUACUGAAUGUCCUGUCGGUCAAUGUGUGCACCAUAUAAACUGUUUAAUAUGUGCCUGUGCUUCUGUGCUGUUUCAUUUACCCAAUGACCAAAAAACAAAAAAAGAGCCUGCACUGUAAAUAUUUUAUAAUCGUUAGUCUGCACUGUGGUUUGACGCAUAUUCAGAUGGAUAUGGCACGUAUUGAGUUGAUACUGAUUUGAAGAAUGUUUUUCUAGCUUGUAAAGAUAAAUCUUAAGACUUGUACGAUGGGUCAUUGGCAUGAAUCCCAGAUAAAAUAAAGAAUCUCGGUCGUAAAUUCAGAAUUUCAGUUGACAAAUCGUUCUCCCUCCCCAUUACCAGACGUGUCGCCGCUGUCAUUCUCAAAAUGCUCUUGGGAUUUAAAGUCUCGGAGCAAAACGAAAUGCCAGUUUAAAAAAAAAAACACUCCUUGUGUAGUCGUCUUGACAAUUUAUCCACCUGACACAAUAUGUUGUUAUCCUAAA